CCUCAUCUCAGUCAUGGCGGCCUCUCCCCGAGCAGAAAGCGCAGCCGCGCCGGCGCAAGACAAGUAUAACGGCGCAGACGAGCAGGCACGCGAUGUUUCUAUGGCUCCUGCUGGCGACGAGUCUGCCAACGGCGGGCACCCUCCUGCUGACGACCGUGCUCCUGCACAGGGCGCCGACGGCGCUGACUAUCCACCCGCUGCCCAACCCACUGAGGGGCCAGAAGGUACCCCCAGUACCCAAUCUCCUGGCGACCAUCGUGGCGAAAAACAGGUCAAGCCCAACAAGGUCUAUAUCGGUGGUCUUCCCGAGCAUACUCGUAAAGAGGACCUGGAGAGCUGCUUUGGCAAGAUUGGCAACAUUACCAACAUCGAGCUCAAAGUUGGUUAUGGCUUUGUGGAAUUCGACAAUCGCGAGGCUGCAGAAGAGAGCGUAGCAAAGUAUCAUGAAGGGUAUUUCAUGGGUAACAAGAUCCGUGUUGAGCUGUCGCGUGGUGGCGGCCGAACAGCGAAGUACAGCAAUGAUCCGGGAGCUUGUUUCAAGUGUGGACAGUUGGGGCACUGGGCUAGAGAAUGUCCCAACGUCCCGGCGCCUGGACGGCGAUCCUUAGAUGCGCCGUUGAUUGACCGCAUCCAGCCUCCCCGGGACUACCUCCCACCCCCGCGUGACUAUCCGCCCUACAGGGAUGAUUAUCGCUAUCCGCCUCGAGAUGCUCGCUAUGGCUAUGACUACUACCCGCCACCUGUUCCAGGCCGAGACUACAGACGACCGCCCUCCCCUCCCCCUCGGGACGUCCGUGACUAUCCUCCGCCGCCUGUGCGCUCGAGCCGCGACUACGAUGACUACAGGAUGAGAGGACCUCCACCACCGUUGCCUCUCCCGCCCCCUCGCUAUGACUCUCGGUCUGGCUACUACCCACCUGAGAGCGAUGUCCCUUCUGGCUUGCCUCCUCGCGGCUAUCCUCCCCCGCCUCCUCGAGACUACUAUGACCGGAGAGCUCCGCCACCUGCUGACCGGUACGCUUAUGCUUCUGGCGCCCCGCCUGCUGCGAGACCGAGAACGCCCCCUGGUGUACCACCGCCGGUUCGCGCUCGGGAGGAGUAUGAAAGGCCCCCUCGUGAGUACUCGGCCCCUGCUCCGGAGUCUCGUGCUAGACCUGUGUCACCACCGCCGGCAACCUCUCGCUACUCGGAGUAUCCUCCUCGAGGCGCCAGUCCACCCAGGUAUCGUCGUCGUUCUCAGAGCCCUCCGCCACGGUCGACCUCUGGUGCUUACGACUCUGCCAACUUUCGAGGGAGCUCGGGUGCGGCCUAUACCGGGGGCUCUUCUGCGGCUUAUGGAGGCGCUGGCUACGCGAACGGCUCUGCUUCUAGGAGCUCUGAUAGAGACUACCCUCCGCGCAGCUCUCGGGACGAGGCUUACAGGCGGCCAUAGGACCCCUCCCUGCUUCACACCAAAAAUCAGAGGGCCUAAUCUUGCUUGCUGUGCCGUGCGCUCUGCCUCGCCCUUUCGCGGUCUCCGCUUGCUGCCUAUGUCUGAGAUCUACUUCGUCGAGCCGAGCCUUUUGCUGUCUGAGAGCUCUGCGAUCCCUACCCCUAACCGAUAUCCAAUGAUCCACGAACGUAUCUUGUACCCAACCUAGCUUACUCAGUCGGGCCGUCUUGCGUAUACUUACGUGCGUCGUUGUAUGGCGACAUGCUGCGGUAAUGCGAAUAUGCGACAUUCUUGUGAUUAGCCUAUGUUAUGUUGUAGCUUCUGCCCAACUUCUGCCUCGGUCAAAACGCCUGUGCGAU